GGGGAGUAGAAACAAUGUGUACCGUUGAAGGUUUACACUUUCGUUCGAUCUAUCGUGCUCGUGUUAAAGCACACAAUCAAGCUGGUGAAAGUCAAUACAGUGAACGAAUUUGUCUACAGACAUCAGAUUUUACCUGGUUUCAUUUGGAUAUUAAUACUUCAGUACCAGAAAUUCUACUUACCAACGGAAAUCGAACUGUUACUAGUCAACUAGCUGAGGAUAGAGUAAUUCUUGGUUCAACUGGUUUAUCAAGAGGUGUACAUUAUUGGGAAUUCACUGUAGAUCGUUGUGAUCCUGGUGGACAACCUGCAUUUGGUAUAGCUAGAUAUGAUUGCAAUAAAGAAAUAAUGCUUGGUCUUGACAUGAAAAGUUGGUCAAUUUAUUUUGAUUUCAAACGAAGCUGGUUUCUUCAUAACGGUGAACAUUUCGAAAGAACCGAUGGUGGAAUACAUGCAGGUAGUGUAGUUGGUAUUCGGCUAGACUGUAAUAGAGGCAAUUUAUCCUACUAUUUAAAUGAUCAACCACAUGGUCCAAUUGCAUUUACCAAUUUACCAAGUGGAAUUUAUUAUCCAGCUGUCAGUUUGACAAGAGCUAUUCAGCUAACUUUACAUUCUGGUUUAGAAGCUCCUAGUGAAAGUGAAGAAAGUGAUGAAGAUAGUUCUGGUGGUGGAACCGGGACUGAAACCACUUCUAUGGCAACCACUGUUUUAACUCUACCUUCAACAUUACAAAGCAAAGGAUUAAGACAAUGAAUUUAUUUAUCAGAAAAACGAGUCGUGAGCUACUCAAAGAAGUUCCAUUCAAGCGACACAUCAAAUUCAGGCUAUAAAUUUGAAAAUAAACUCAAACCAACUAGCUCAAGUUAAUGAAAUCGUGUUGCAUUUCUUCUAGUACAUUCUCCUUUUGAAUGCAUUUUACAAAUCCAUUAUAAAUUUUUAAAAAUAUCCAUGAAAAUUGUGAACUCCCAUUUCUUUGUUUCUGUUUUUUGUCUUGAAUGAUUAGAAUUUCUUAAGUAAUCUGAUUAUUACAUAUUUUCUCUGUAAAAAAUUCAGUAAUAUAGUGAUUAUAUGCUUCAUUUAUUUAAAUUGUAAUUGUUUUAUUCGAUGAACACAAAAAUCUUGCAUUAAAUCUGUUAAUGACUCUUUACAAGAAUAUAACUUAUUAAUGUUUUGUUUAUCUGAAGUGAAUAUUGAACUGUGAACAUUCAAUCAUUUAUAAACUUAUGUGAAAGAAAAAAACAAAUAAAUAAAUUAGACUCGGUCAUAAAAAGAUAAACGCACACAGUACCCACGUAUAUACAAUGAUAACAGUUGACUUUCUGUUUAUAUUUUAACUAAAUUUCAGCAUAAACACAAAAGAAUUCUAAAAUAUAGAUUAUACUUAAAUUUCAAAUCUAUCCGUAAAGCCAUAAAUUAUUAGUAUUCAUAUAUUUUCCUCACUUUUCU